AUGUCAGGCCCCGCUGAGAAGACCCACCCAGUCGAGGACGAACAUGGCAAUAGCAAUGGCAAUGUCCAGAACGUGACCGAUCGGUUCUUUCAGAUCGAUUUGUCCGGCGCAGGAAUCAACGGGCCAGAGACUUCGCCGGUGUCAGACAGCAAGCCAGCGGAACAAGGUCCGGACACCACCGCUGCCGCGACGUCAGGGCAUGCAUCGGACGCUGUCAACGCUUCAGAACCCUCGAACAGCUCCGAGAAUGAAGGCGAAGACGUCAUAGACGAGCCUCCAGCUGCUCCUUCGCCUGCGUCCAUCGCAUUGCCAGAGCUGUCUCCUGACGAGCAGGUGUCAGAUCAGCAAGCCCCACAACCAUCCGAUUCCGGCGCCGAGGGGACCACCAGGCAAGACUGGCAGUCUGGAGAGGGCAACAUCUCAGGUUCUCAAACCACAGCAGAGGAAGCAGCCGGUCCAGCGGACCCUUUUGCAGACGUUGACGAGGAGGAGCAAGACGACGAGGGCGACCCUUUCUUUGAGCCCGUGGCUGCUUCACCUUUCGGUGACACCGACGUCAGCUCACGCAUCGAUGACCUUCAGAUGGACGAGCCUUCUGCCGACUCUACAGUGCCUCAAUCUUCCCUCUUUGCCGACCUUGGAGCAGAAGCUACCGAAGACCCCGCAGAUGCUGCGCCCCUUGAUUCUUCGCAGCCGUCUUCCCUAGUCUCUGGACCUGCAGCAGGACACGCCGAUCCCCUGACAUACCCAGACUCUGCAGACUUCUCAUCCUCAUUCCCACAAGCCACUCCUCUACAUGCCGCUACGGACCUGCCACCGCCGCCUGUACAAGGCAGCGGCCCAGAGCAGGUGACCAACGGCAUCCUUACGUCCCAGCAGCAAGCGCAACAAAGAGCCACUGCUCUAUCGCCGCCUCCAACUCCCCCGUCAGCAACCUCUACGGCUACUGACCAGAUACGCUCAGUGUUUCAGAAGUUUGGGCUCAGGCCACAACAGCCAGCCGAGGCUCGCAACGCCGACCCACCGGUCGCCGAACAGCCUCGUUCUACAUUCCGGCGAUGGGGUGGAGGGCCUCAGGCUGGGACCUCAUCUCCACAGGUACCUAACAGUCAAGAUAACAACAGACUCGCAGAGCAGAUCCGCAAUGCUGCAGCAACAUCGGCGGCAGCCACAGCAGCGGCUGGAAGGCAGAGAUCCCCCCAAUACGCCUUUCCAGCGCACGCCGAUGCUGACACCCUCUCAAAGGAGAUCGAAGAGUUCUGGUCCUACGUGGAAACACCGCAGAUUUUGGAGAACAGGCAAAGUUGGGAGCAAUGGUUCCUGGCAGAACAGCAGACUUCGAAGCAGAAUGGGGAUGGUCAGGAAGGACGAUCAGGGGGUGGCAGCCCGAGCCCAGCGGAGGGCUCGACUGCAUGGACUUCUCUCCCGUCCUCUCUGCGUCAGAAGUACAUCAGGAAGCUGCUAGAGGAGCUGAUUAGCCCUGAUCCAGACCUGCGCCUUACCGCCUCCAGAGCGUUUCUAUACCUCCUUCAAGGCUCCUUUGCCGAUACCGAUGGCGCUGAGCACCAAGAGCACUGGAUCCAACUGAACGCCAAGAUCGGAAGAGAGGAAGGUGCUAUUGCAAAGGUCUACGAGGCUCUCAAGAGGACCCUGUGGAAACACGACUUCCUCACUUCGCUGCCUGAUCAUGUGCAAGGUAGUCAAGUCAGCAGCAACGGCGAAGCCAACCCCAAUGCGAACGAGCAUGUACCGCUCCUGACCCCGCAAUCAAAGGCGGAGUACCUGGACGAAGUCAAUUUGGCACUCACCCUUUGCUUUGCUCAGCUAUACAUCCUGAUCGAGACGGGGAGGAGACCUGACGAGGAAGGCAAUGAUGCCGAACGGCUGCCAGACGAUCUGAUGGUGCUUGAUCCACCUCUUCCGAUCUACUUGUGGCUCGUCGUGGCUGGAUUGAGAGAGAAAAGUGCAAAGGGCUUCCCAGUCAAGAAGCUACUGCUGUGCUUGUGGAAGUCGUUGCUGACUUGUCUCGGCGGACAAAAAGAUGUCGAGAGAUGCAAGGCUCUAGCCCGGCGAGUGGAAGGGCUUCCGCCGUCAUCUACUACCAACACCAACGCUCAAUGGCCCGCAGCUCCUCCCUCUGACUCCGGUAUGCGGCGAUCGCGCUCUUCCUCAGGGACCACUGGCUCAGCAGCAGUGCCAGGCCAGCCUCCUUCUGAGGGUCCCGCUUCAAUCAACCACGACGCUGCUUCGGCUUCAGGUCGACUCAGCCUGGGCAAGCCGCGCAAACGACGUCCAACGAAGGCUACGCCUAAAGACUUCGAAGUGUUCAGAGAUGAGCUUGCGGUCAAGUAUCCGACCUACGUUCCACCUCGACGCACGCCCGUCGAUUUGCCCAUUGAGAAGCUGGCUUCUGCCCUGGAGCCCGUGGCACCACGCAGGCUCACCUUCGCCAGUGGCGAGAACAACAAUGCUGCGGAGGGAAGGGUGGAGGGCGAAGCAGCAGCAGCAGCAGGUCCUGGUCCCGCUACUCCCGCCCCUUCACCUCCUCCCUCUCCUCGACCAAACAAGCAGAAGUAUCAAACGGAUCAGUCACGGCCUUUCGUCUUUCCAUUCUCAGCAUCCGUGCAAGGAGAUCGUAUGGUACCUUACUCGAUCGAAGAAGCAGAUCGUCUCUACGGCGAGAACAUGUACGUCAGCAACGAGAUGUGGCAAAUGUGGCGGACGAGGGAGGAAUUGUCAAGAGAGGAAAAGGGACUCUCAGCUGAGCAGCAGAAGCCUAGUCGCACUCGCCAUCGCAAGAUCGGCAGUGGAUCUGGCAGUGAUAUCAGCAAGAAAGAAGGGUCGUCGCUCAAGCCUAACACGAGACUGGGUGGCUCAGCCAAGACUUCCCUUCUGUCGUCGACGGGUACUUCGCAAUAUGCUUCAUCUUCGGACGGUGUUUCCACACGAUCAGGCAGUCAUGACGGGAGAAACUGGGCCGGUCUCCAUGCUCUGUCCCUGUCGCGUCUUGAUGGACCGCAAGGGGCCGGUGGCAGUGACACGCCCAGUCGCCUUACGUCUGGCACGCCGCCUGCGUUCACGCCAGGCGGUGGAAGCCCCCGUUUCACUGCCACUGCCAUGUCAGAGGCAGGCUCUUCGGAAGGUGCCGGAGUCAACGCGUCCGCUCCAGUCGACCCGGACAAUUCCUUCCUGACCAGAGGCGAACCAACGUACGAGCGCCUUGUCGAGGUAGAGGCUGAGAUCCAGGCUACGCUCGCCAGGGCUGAAGCAGACCAUCUCUUGGCCGUGUUGGACAAUGAGCGAUACCUCAGGACAGUCUCCCUCCUGCAGCAGCAGGUUGCGGAUGUACGACGGCUGCAGCGAGUGGACCUACUCUACAAAGCUGUCUUGAGCAAUUUGCAAAGCGCCGUCGUGGUGUUACUGAAGCUGCUCCUUGCUACAGUCACAGCCCCAAGUGGACCGAAUUCUGAAGGCAAUAUCGAUAUGCCUCCUCCGCCACCAACGGUCGAGGAUGUCGACAUCCUCCGUCAUCGUGAGAUCACGACCAAGGCUGUCAGCGCCAUCUUGCUCCUGAGUCUGAAAUGGUUCAAAGCGAGUCAUGCCAUGAAGUUCCACCACCUCAGCCAGUUCUUGGUAGAUUCGAACGCGAUGCUGCUCAUCCUGAAGAUGUUUGGCCUGCAAGAGGUAGCAAAUAGUAUCAGAGCCGUGAACGAAGCUGCCGACUACAACUUCUUUGCCUUUUGCGAGACAGAAGGUCUCAAAGAUGCAGGUGAUGUUGAUAUUGGCAGUGGGCUCGGCUUGCCAGCUGUGAAGCCAACGGUUGGCAGUGUCAAUGGGCUCGGCAAUGCCCCAGCCGAUGUCUCCAUGAGUAUGGGGCAAGACAUCUCGAUGACUCAGCCAAUGGUCGACGAUGCAGGCCUGAUCCACGAGUACUGUUUCCGCAACUUCUUCUCCAUCAUCAACUUUACGCGCAUCCUGCAAAAGGUCACCAAGAGAAAGGUGCACCGUAUUCUCUUGCUGGUCCAGUACAAAUCUUCUGCUAUCCUCAAGCGAUCACUCAAAGUUCCUCAUCCAACUCUGCAGCUCUAUGUACUGAAAGUGAUCAAGAGUCAAGUCCCCUUCUGCGGACGCAAGUGGCGUCAAAGCAACAUGAAGGUCAUCACUGGCAUCUACCUGAACUGUAGGCCCGAGCUGAGAGACGAGUGGCUGAGUAGUGACAAAGAUGGUGAGAUCUACGAGAGUCUCAUUCAAGAGCAAGCCUUGAGAAGUCUGGUCAAGUACUACAUCUCAAGCCGCUUUGGGAUCGAUGCCGACCAGAACCAGCAGCAGCAGCAGCAACAACAACAGCAACAGCAACAGCAGCAGCAAGGAGCUGGCAAGCAGCAAGGACCUCGCAAGAAUGCUCAGAAUGGCUGGGAUAACACCCCUGCUGAGCAAGCUCUCAGCGAAGGGCCCUUUGGUGGGGAGCAAGAGGGCAACGCGAAUGGGGAUGGACUCGAUGCCAAUGGUGCUCCCCAGCAGCCACAGCGGUGGGGCUUCUUCGAGGCCAAUCUCUUCCUGCAACCGCUCAAGCGAGGUGGAAGGAACGCAGGUGGAGCAGCAGGCCCUGGAGCAGCUGCUUAUAUUCCGGACGAUAUCGUUGAAGGAUACCUGGGCGACUAUGAUGAGAUUCUCAACGACGUCUUUGGCACUGUCACCAGCGACGAGCACUUUUACCGCAGUGGAAGUGGCAUGAGCAUCGACGAUGGACGCAGAGGUCAGGACGUGAAGUUGGGCUCUUCAGUCUCACCUUCCAUUAUCAGUCCGUCCUCCCAUUCCGCUCCUCCUUCUCCUACGACGAGUAGCGGAGGUGCUGCUGGGACAGGGGGAGGUCUGACUUCACAAGGCGCUCGUCAGGCAUGGGAUGCCCUCGGUGAGAUUCUUGGGCAGAGCAACGAUGGAUCCUCGAGUAUCUCAGACUCGGAGAGCGUGGCUUCCAUAGGCGAGCUGGACUUUUCUCACUCGAACAAUGCCUCUGGGGCUGCAGGUGGUAGUGGAACAGCAGGUGCAGGCAGCUUGGGCUUGCCCACCUCGGGCGACAAUGCAGAUGGCGUCUCUUCUCUUGGACCUCCCGAAGAAGAGGGCAAGUCGAAUUGGGAACAUCUCAGCCCUCGCGAGAUGCGCUUCCUCUCCUCUACUGCCGCCGCCGAGAAGCAGCAUCGUGAUCGCUCGAGAUCUCCCUCGCCUUCACCUCUGCCGUCCAGAGUGGGCGGUGGGAACAGCAUUGUAGGCAGUCUAGGCUCGCCAACCAAUGCCCUCGGCGCUGGACGAAUCACACGACCUUCUGCCUCUCCGGGCAACAGCCCACGCACAAGCUUCAGUAGCAAUCAUGGCUUUGGCUCUCCCUCCUCUACCUCUUCCAUUGGUGGUGGAGCCGGCAGUCCAAUCGGCAGCGGCAGCAGUGCAGGUGGUCUGGGCAGUCUACACCGCGAGAUUCGACCCAUGCCUCUCCCGCGUCGCUCGAGCUCCUCAGCACACACGAAUUCGCACCUCUCUUCCUCCUUGUCCUCUCCCUCAUCCUCCUCUAGCGGUCCACCAGCAUUGCUACAGAGAGCCUACUCGGAUUCGCAGCCUCUGCGUCCUGUGCUGGACUUUGAGGCGAUGGAUUUGGAGGCGGCUAGGAGGAAAGCGCGACUCGCGAGGGGUGGAGGGGCGGAUGAUGAAGAGGAUGAAGAUGAUGACGUUGAGGAGGAGGACGAUGAGGAUGAAGAGGAGGUUGGACCGUUGGGACCUAGAAGUCCCAAUAAGGUGGGAGGCAUCGAUGAAGUGGAACAUGUCUUUGUCAAGCGCCACCUCUCCAUCCAAUUCAGGGUAAUGUCUGAACACGCCAUCUCCAAAUGCCUUUCUCCUUCCGCUGUGCAGGUAGGCCUUUACCGGCUCGAGCUCAGCAAUGUCCUCCUUGAAGCGGAAUAUGUGUGGGUACUUGCGCGAGCGCUGCAGCGAGGCCAUCAGGCGAGGGAAGGCGAAGCUGAGGCCGGAGAGGACCUCGCUGACUUCUUCGAGGAGGAGAAGGCAGGGAGGGUACAGGCGAGGCUAGGCGGAUGUACUCCCCUCGGCCCGGAAUCUCGGGCCAGCUGGAGGAGAAGAGAAGAGGAGGUAGUCAGUUCAGAUGGGAUGCUGGUCAUUACAGAGAUUAUCAUGGCAUCACCACUCUCCCUCACAUCGACCAUCUUACUCAACGAUGGCAGGUCCAUUCCGCGCUUCGGGCUCGGCGUGUACAUGAACAGAGGACAGACCUGCGUCAAAGGAAUCAAGUCUGCCCUCGAAGCUGGGUACCGCCACAUCGACACCGCCCAAUUGUACGGCAACGAAGCCGAGACUGGCGAAGCCGUCCGCUCCUUUUGCUCAGGUCCAGGCCAGGAAACCGCCACGCCGCACCAGGACGAUAAAGACGGCAAGGGUGUCUCGCGCGAGCAGAUCUACAUCACUUCCAAGGUCUGGGAUAGCAAUCACGGUUACGAUGCUGCGAUGAAGAGUGUGGACAAAAGUCUGAAAACGGCUGGACUGGAGUAUUUCGAUCUCUUCUUGCUGCAUUCUCCCAAUCCCGGAAAAGCAAAGAGAUUGGAGGCGUAUCGCGCUCUUCUACAAGCUAGGAAAGAUGGCAAGAUCAAAUCGGUUGGUGUGAGCAACUAUGGUGUUAAGCACAUCGAUGAGCUCCUAGAGGCCUUUCCGGACGAAAAGGACCGGCCGGUGCUCAACCAGAUUGAAGUCAGCCCGUUCUUCCAGAGAGAGGAGAUUGUCAAGAGGUGUAGGGAGAAGAAGAUCGAGGUCCAGGCUUACUCGCCACUGGGGAAGGGGGAGCACCUCAACUCACCUGAGCUAAAGACGAUUGCAGAUCGCUACGGCAAGAGCACCGCUCAACUCCUCAUCCGCUGGUCUCUGCAACGAGGCUUUAUCUGCAUCCCCAAAUCCGCCAAUCCAAAGCGCAUAGAGGAAAAUGCAGACGUCUUCGACUUUGAAAUUUCAGAGGCAGACCUUAAACAGCUCGAUGGAAUGGAGACUGGGUAUGGAAUUACUUGGGAUCCGACUAAGGCUCCAUAA